AUGUAUAAAGAAAUAUUAAUGAAAAGUAAAGGGUUUAUUACUAUCUUUUGUCAAUUGAAUAUUCAGAGGAGAUUAGAGUCUACAUUGCAAAAAAAGAAAAUAAAUGUUAAUAUGUCAGGAAAUAUGAAUAAAAAAGAAGAGGAUAUUUUUAAACUUAUGAAUGAAGUCUCAGCUAAAUUGUUUGCUCUUCAUGCUCGAUUAAAGUUAGGGCCUCAAUUUCCUAAUGUUACACUUGUUAAGACGUUUCUUGAUUUUGGAGUUAUAAAUGGUUUAGGAUCAGUUCCGAAUAAUCGGCAUCUUUUUACACUUGGAACAUGUAUUACGGAGUAUUUUGUAUCAGAAUAUUUGAUGGUUCGCUGGCCUCGUUUACCAUAUAAGAUUAUGAAAGCAACAUUAUGGGGAUAUUGUGGAACUAAAGCGUUAGCAAAAAUUGGUUUAGAGUGGGGUCUUGAAACAAGUAAUAAAGAAGUUAAUGUUAUUCCAAAUUCUUCAAAAAAUGAGCUUGAUAGUGUUUUUUUUGAAGUUUUAUCAGAAGCAAGAAAUGGAAGACUUGUAUUUAAAAGAAAGGGAUUGCCACAUGGUUAUUCAUCUUCUACUUAUUAUGAGCAUUUGGAAAAAGUUGUUUCUAGAAUGGUAUUGUCAGUUAUUGGAGGGAUUUAUUUGCAUUGUGGACUUACAACUGUUAAGAAGUUUGUUAAUGAUCAUAUAAUCUCGAGAUAUCUUUCUAUAUCUUCUAUGUUUUCUUUUGAGCAGCCUGGUAGAGAAUUAUCUGUACUAUGUUCUCGUCAAAAAUUGGAUCCUCCUGUAUCACGAUUAAUUGCUGAAACGGGUAGGCGUAGUAGUGCACCUUUAUUUGUAGUAGGUGUAUAUUCUGGAAAUGAUAAGCUCGGAGAAGGCCAUGGAUCUAGUUUAAAAGAGGCUAAAUAUAGGGCAUCUGUUGAUGCUCUUAAAGCAUGGUAUCUAUACGAAUCAAAAGGAUUUGACUUUCCUAGCAAAACUCUUGAGAAUAAUAAAGAAAUAUAUACUCCUGUGCAUAUAGAUUAUGGAGAGGUUAUAGUGUGAAGCAAUUAUAUAGGUUCAAAUCUUUUAUU